AUGCUCGCCUCAUCCCGCACGGCGCUGCGCCAGGCGGCGACCAAGCAGCUGUCGCUCAAGUCCAGUGUCCGAGCUGUCUCGGCAUGGUCGCAGGUGCCCCAGGGCCCUCCAGCCAUUUUGGGUAUCACUGAAGCCUUCAAGGCCGACAGCAACCCCAAGAAGAUCAACCUCGGCGUCGGUGCGUACCGCGAUGACAAGGGCAAGCCCUAUGUCCUGCCUUCGGUGAGAGAGGCGGAGAAGAAGGUCGUCGAUUCCGCGCUGGACAAGGAGUACGCUGGCAUCACCGGUGUACCCAACUUCACAAAGGCCGCUCUCAAGCUCGCAUAUGGUGCCGAUUCGAAGCCCCUCAACGAGGACUGCAUCGCCGUUACCCAGUCCAUUUCAGGUACUGGCGCCCUGCGCAUUGGCGGCGCCUUCCUCGAGCGUCACUACCCUGGCCCCAAGACCAUCUACAUCCCCACCCCGUCAUGGGCCAACCACAAUGCUGUCUUCAAGGACUCGGGUCUCAAGGUCGAGAAGUACCGUUACUACAACAAGGACACAAUUGGCCUCGACUUUGAGGGAAUGAUUGCCGACAUCAAGGCCAUGCCCAAGAACAGCAUUGUCCUGCUUCACGCCUGCGCACACAACCCCACUGGUGUCGACCCCACCGAGGAGCAGUGGACCAAGAUUGCCGAUGCUGUCAAGGAGGGUGAUCACUUCCCCUUCUUUGACAUGGCCUACCAGGGCUUCGCCAGCGGUGACACCUCCAAGGACGCCUUUGCUCUCCGUCACUUCAUCAAGGAGGGUCUCCGCCCCGUCCUGGCCCAGUCGUUUGCCAAGAACAUGGGUCUGUAUGGUGAGCGUGUGGGUGCCUUCUCUGUUGUCUGCGAAUCUGCCGAGGAGAAGAAGCGCGUCGACUCACAGAUCAAGAUCCUUGUCCGCCCAUUGUACUCUAACCCCCCAGUUCACGGUGCCCGCAUUGCCUCUGAGAUUCUGAACGACGCCUCGCUCAACGAGCAAUGGCUUGGCGAGGUCAAGGGAAUGGCUGACCGCAUCAUCACCAUGCGUGCUCUGCUCAAGGAGAACCUCGAGAAGCUCGGAAGCAAGCAUGACUGGAGCCACAUUACAUCGCAGAUUGGUAUGUUCGCCUACACUGGUUUGACACCGGAGCAGAUGGACAAGCUGGCAAAGGAGCACUCUGUAUAUGCCACCAAGGACGGCCGCAUCUCGGUGGCUGGUAUCACUAGCGAGAACGUCGGACGCCUUGCAGAGGCUAUUUACAAGGUCAAGGGUUAA